UGACGGCAGCGACUUUGAUGACGACACGGAGGAUGGCAAGUCCUGCAGGACCGACGAUAAGAAGCAGAAUCACAGUGAGAUCGAAAAGCGUCGUCGUGACAAGAUGAACACGUACAUCACGGAGCUGUCCGCCAUGGUGCCCAUGUGCCACGCCAUGUCGCGCAAGCUGGACAAGUUGACGGUGCUGCGCAUGGCCGUGCAGCACCUCAAGACCAUCCGCGGCGCCGUGCACUCAUACACCGAGGGCCACUACAAGCCCGCCUUCCUCUCGGACCAGGAGCUCAAACAUCUCAUCCUUCAGACAGCUGAAGGCUUUCUCUUUGUAGUGGGAUGUGACCGAGGCCGGAUCCUGUUCGUGUCCGAGUCCGUGUCGCAGGUGCUCAACUUCUCCCAGGGAGACCUCCUUGGCCAGAGCUGGUUCGACAUCCUGCAUCCGAAGGAUGUCGCCAAGGUAAAGGAGCAACUGUCCGCCUCUGACCUCAGCCCUCGCGAGCGGCUCAUCGAUGCCAAAACCAUGCUUCCCGUGCGCACGGACAUGCCGGCCGUGGGGUCGCGGCUCUGCCCGGGAGCGCGUCGCUCCUUCUUCUGCCGCAUGAAGCGCAAGCUGCCCGUCAACGUCAAGGAGGAGGCCGACACUACCUCGUGUUCGGCGCGGAGGAAGAAGCAGCACAGUGCCGAGCGCAAGUACAGCGUGAUCCAGUGCACGGGGUACCUCAAGUCGUGGGCGCCGGAGAAGAUGGGCCUGGAGGAGUCCGAGCUGGUGGAGGGCGAGAGCGGAGCGGGCGCGGGCGGCGCGUGCCUGUCCUGCCUGGUGGCCGUGGGCCGUCUGCAGCCCAUGCUGUCGCCGCCACCGAGGCCGCGGCCCGGAGGCCGCAUCCCCAACACCAGGCCGCUGCAGUUCACCUCACGGCACGCCAUCGACGGCAAGUUCCUCUUCGUCGACCAGCGGGCGACACUCGCUCUCGGCUUCCUCCCGCAAGAGCUCCUGGGCACGUCCAUGUACGAAUACUACCACCCGGAGGACGUGCACCACCUCGCCGACUCGCACAAGGCGGCCCUCAACAGCACCGAGGUGGUCAACACCAAGGUGUACUGGUUUAGAAGUAAGGAAGGGACCUACAUUAGUAUACAAAGCGAAUGGAAGGCGUUUAAGAAUCCGUGGACCAAAGACGUAGAGUACAUUAUAGCGAAAAAUUCUGUGAUCAUGACGGACGGGCGGCACAUGGACGCGUCGGCGUCCCGGCACAAAGUCAGCGGGCAGGCGCGCUACCAGGCUGGCUACGACUUGUUCUCUCAACCUGGCGGUCGGGACGGCCUGCAGCGAGACAUACAACGAAUCAUCUCCUGGACGCACGUGGAGGCCAACAAGAUCGGGCGGAAGAUCGCGGACGAUGCGCUCGACUCGCAGAGGGUGCGGGGCAACGGGGACUCGUCGUCCAACAGCACGCCGUCGCCCUCCCGACCGGAGUGCAGUCCCGUCGAGAGGAAGCGGUCGCCUAGCCUGGCCGGUGACGUCGGCCGGCCGCCUGGCUCCGGCUCGGAGUCUCUAGCCAGCCCCCAGCACGAGGGGAAGGACAUCAAGGCCCUCCAGUUGUCGGUGCCGUUCCCCGGCAGCCCCUCGAGUCAGGUCAGCCCGUCCCUCCACGGGUCGGGCCUCCAGGCAGCGGGCGGCCAGGGUCAGGGCCAGGACCUCGACAGCCUGCGGGACAUGAGGAGCCAGCAGAGCAUAGGCAUGAGCGGCGGCAACGCGGACAGCGCGGACCCCUCAGCCUCCAUACGGAACAACGUGACGCUCUCCAGCCUCGCCUACCCCGACCAAGACUGUGUGUGUGUUUUAGGAAUGGCCAACGACGAGGACAUGAUGGAGAUGAUGCCGCCCGUCAUGCCGGACUCCCCUGGCCAGGGCGAGGGCGCCUCCAACGAUGGCAACGACGAGGCUGCCAUGGCCGUCAUCAUGAGCCUCCUGGAGGCUGACGCGGGGCUAGGGGGGCCCGUCGACUUCUCUGGCCUUCCCUGGCCCCUACCCUAAACAGCGGAGCGGUGACUGUCACCACUUCACCUGAGCUGUGUACAAGACUAUUGUGGUGGUGUCUUUCCCUCUUUCCCUCAGUUCCAACGGUCUUGGCAGUGUUAUGGCAAAGCUCAUCGGUGGUGCGAACAGGCUAGAAUACAAUGAUUCCCCAACUGUCAAUAUAUACCAGUGUGCGAAAGUGCAAGGCAGUGUACUGUGUACACAAUGCGACGGAGAUGCAUUAUCUCUUAAUGCAGAUAAAAAUUUCCUUUUAAAAAUAAAUAAAAUACAUGUAUAUUGAAUGACUGAAAAGUGAAUUGAUAUAUUUGCUUCCUGUUUUUGGAAACAUGGAGGCAAGUGCUGUCCAAGUACUAUCAAGUCCACUUCACCUACUUUUGUUUUAAUUGCUUUUCUCAGUUAAAAUAAAAAUAUUUUUUUGCUCAAA